AUGGCGAUUGAUGCUACUGGUACAACUGCUGAAUCAUCACAUGCAAACAUUCAAACAAUUGAUUGCAAUGAUCCGCUGUAUGUACAUCCUUCAGAUACACCAGGUUUUAUAGACGGAACCUGCACUAGGGCUCAGUAUGAAAAAGAUAACUUUAGGCUAAGGCAAUGGGAAAGAUGCAAUGCAAUAGUACAGUCAUGGAUUAGAAGCUCAGUGGUGCCAGAACUAAGGAGAGGAAUUGUGUAUUCCUCAGAUGCACAAAAGGUAUGGAAAUCUAUGAAGGAUAGGUUUGAUAAAGUAAAUGCUACAAAAAUCUAUCACAUGAAUAAGGAAAUAAGCUCCUUGACACAAGGAAUCUCUAGUGUGUCUGUAUAUUUUUCUAGACUGAAUGACCUAUGGGAUGAGUUUGAAUCAAUUAUCCCAUUUCCUAGGUGUGACUGUGAGAAAUCCAGAGAGUCUGUAGUGUUUUUGCACCAGCAGAAAUUUAUGAAGUUUUUAAUGGGGUUGAAUGAGACUUAUGCACCACAAAGGAGCCAAAUCCUGAUGAUGCACCCUACACCAACACUGGACCAUGCAUACUCUAUGAUUGUUCAAGAGGAAAGUCAAAGGAUGAGUGUUGGUUCUACUGCACAGAAUGGAAUUUUAGGAGGUGCACCUUUAGGGAUGGAGAGUAGUGCACUAGUGACAGCAAAUGCUUCUAAUAUGAGACCUAGAAGGAACACUAUUUUGGCAUGUGAUUACUGCAAGAUAAAGGGGCAUACAAGGGACAAUUGUUAUAAACUCAGUGGAUAUCCACUAGGCUUUAAGUUCAACAACAGUAAAAGAAGAGGAAUACAUGACAACAAUGGACCUAUGGCUCAUAAUGUGAAUGCAAGUGAUGAUGGUCAAAGUGCAGGAAAGGCAUAUGCAGUGCAAAAUAUUCCAUCUGUUCCAACUGUGCAAGGAUUCACUCCAGAGCAAUAUCAGCAGAUCCUAAAACUAUUGAGCAAGGAACCUGAUCCAACAGAAGUUGCCAACAUGGCAGGUAAGUCACCAACUGAACAUAGCUGUUGGAUUAUUGAUUCUGGUGCCUCAAAUCAUAUAGUAUCAUCCUUGAAUAUCUUGUCAAAAGUUAUCCAAAUGCCUAAACCUAAGACACCCUCAGUUCACCUACCAAAUGGUAAUAGCACCAAAAUCACCCACACUGGUUCCUGCAACUUGUUUAACUCAGAAACCAUUCAUAAUGUUCUCUAUGUCCCUGAAUUCAAGUACAACUUGUUAUCUAUAUCCAAAUACACUAAAGAGUUAAAUAGUGCUGUCCAUUUUUAUCCUGAUUUUUGCAUCUUUCAGGACCUUUACAGUGGCAAGGUGAAGGGGAUUGGUAGACUCAAAGGAGGUCUUUACAUCUUUAAUCCUUCAGAACCUGCUACUGCUUCUUCCUCCUCCAAAUGCAUGACAGUUUCUCAUCAACCAAGUUCAAGCUCCUUAUGGCAUCAAAGAUUGGGACAUGCCCCUAUGGCAGUCUUACAGACUAUAUAUGAGAUAAAUAAGUACUUGUCUAAGUCAUCUGUUUGUAACUGUCCUGUUUGUCCUCUUUCUAGACAAGUUAGAUUACCAUUUCCUAUCACAACAUAUAUCAUAAAUAGGCUGCCUAGUUCUGUUCUACAAGGAAAAUCUCCUUAUGAGAUGUUUCAUGGGCAACCACCUUCUUUUGCUCACAUGAGAACCUUGGGUUGUCUUUGCUAUGCCACUAAAACUGACUUUCAUGAUAAGUUCAACCCCAAAUCAACACCUGGGGUCUUUAUGGGCUAUGCACCAACACAAAAGGGAUAUAAGGUGUACGAUAUUGCUGCUGACAAAUUCAUAAUUAGCAGGGAUGUGGUUUUUAAGGAAGACAUGUUCCCCCUUAAACUUCCUAAACACAAAUUCCUAGUGACUUCUGAUCCUAUUCCCAAUCACUCUGAUUCAGAUAUAUUUCCAUCCUCAAAUACACCACCAGCAUCCUCUACUACUAAUGAGACAGAAGUUCCUGUCCCUGAUCUUCCAAAUGAUUUCACAGACUCACAUAAUCCUCCUCCUGUUCCUCCUGCUGAUAUCCCUAUUGAUCCCACUCACUCAUCUUCCUUUGCUCCUCAUUUGCCCUCAGAAUUGACAUCUAACACUCCUGGUGCACCAAGCUCACAAAUUAGAAAGUCAACUAGGGUCUCCAAACCUCCCAUCUGGCUAACUGAUUAUAUUCAUCCUCCCCUUACUUCUACUUCUACUUCUGCUUCUGCUUCAUCACUUUACCCUAUACACCAUUUCAUUUCCUAUUCUCACCUUUCCUCUCCAUUUCAGGCCUUCCUAGCUUCUUUUUCUUCUGAUCUUAAACCAACAUCUUUCUCUCAAGCUAUCAAUGAUGGCAUGUGGAUUAAGGCCAUGAAACUUGAGAUUGAGGCAUUAGAACAAAACAACACUUGGGAGGUUAUGACUUUGCCUCCUGGAAAAGUUCCUAUAGGGUGUAAAUGGGUUUACAAGAUUAAAUAUAAUGCAGAUGGCACAGUAGAAAGAUUUAAGGCCAGAUUAGUGGCCAAGGGAUACACUCAACAAGAAGGAAUUGACUUUCAUGAUACAUUCUCUCCUGUAGCCAACAGAACUGUUAUUGCAGUUGUUGCACUUAAACACUAG